CUCAUACGCCAUGGCAAUAUUCGUCCCAUCCAGAAGAUUUUCAAUUUCUUGAGAAGACGUAAUAUUGGCACGGUAAGUCACGUUUGUCGAAAUAGAAAAGGAGGCAUUUCUUGUUUGAGCUUCAAUCUCCGGAGAUGUGAUUGGGUCCUCCAAUAAAAUGGAGACGCAAAUCAGAUCUUCCCCAUCUGGAACAGGCAGAUCCGAUUCAGCUUCAAUGUGGCUUUCCCCCUCAUUUAAAGAAUUGUCAACAUUCUCAAUACUGGUGUCACUAUCACUAUCACUGUCACUGUCACCGUUGUUGCUGUUGUUGCUAUCGUUAGUUUCAUCGUUGUUCGUAUUGUUGUUGAUCUCCAUGUCAUUCGAGUCACUGCUUGGACUAUUGGGAGCGCCUUUUGGAGGGGGAGUCUUUUUGUACUUGUAAGGGUUCGGCCUCUUGUCCUGUUUGGGCACUUUCAUAGGCUUGUCAUCUUCGAACAUCCAAAAGUCUUCUCCAAAAAAAGUUUUUCCACCAAUAUCUGUAAGACUGAGACUUCUAGAAUUGGGCAAUUCCAAACUUUUUAUUUGCAUUAAUUUCCGAUGCCCUAUUCUUAUGUUUUUUUUAAUAUUGUUCAAAGCGUUUCUGCUAUUUCCAUCGGAGUCAUUCGAAUAAUACCUCUUUUCAUCUUUAAUUCCGUUGACACCUCGGACACGUUGUUGUCUUCGCGUCUGCGCCGUUGUAGCUGCGUAUGAUUCGACUGGAUUGCUACAGAAAGAUAGCAGCAGCAUCCAUGAAACGAGAGUUGCUUUGAAGGGGAACAUUGUGUAGCAUCUGCCCUCCCGACCCGUUGUURUGGAAAUCAGUUGAUAUAAAUAAUACAGGUAUACUCUUAUUUCCGUCUUCUCGUAUUAUUAUUGUCGAUAAUGAUACUCCCCUUUCAAUUWAUUGAUCAAGAGAUYGUCUCUCGCUCUUUCCUCUUUGCGGUGAUAACUGGAUUAGGGGGACCUUGGUACUGGAAGACAAUAAUAUUAUUUGUGGUCGGUCUYAUUCUCAAUCCGGAAGCAGUCGUACGUACUGUCCGURAGUUAUCACUAGGAAAAUUUGGAAAGGAAGACCGAAGAUCCGGUAUCGAAUACUUCUAUGAUGUACCGGUAUGUGUGACGACUAUCUGUGUGGGGACGAAUGAAAUUCAUACCGCGACUAAACUAACCAUUAACAAUUUUUGGCGCGACAGUUGCCCCGUCUCGAUUGAACGGUUGUUUCCCAGUCUUCGACUUCGUCUAUGAUAGGCCUACAUGUAUUAUGACUUUCUAACGUUGUGUCACCUUUCAGUUGUAAAUUCUGAACGGUUGAUUUAGGCAAACUCGAGUGAAACAAAUGAUUCUCUAUGACCUCUCUCCAAAUCACAAUCUACGGUACAGUUUCUACAAAACAACCGUAACUCAAAACGCUUUCUCACAACAUGCGUAGUAUUAGCCGUUAAAAAAUCAAACGCCGGGCGGCACGACUGGAUUCAAUCAACUCCGACUACUUCUACGGCUCCUGCAUACAGCACAUGGUAUCGUACAUACCAGGUACCGUGCGUGCGGCAAACAUCACUUCUCGCUUGAUUUGCAUUGAACCCACAUGAAUAAUUUCGUUCAGUGAGAGUAUGGUACGACUGAAAAAUACGAGAAGUAGGUCCUAGAAAGACAAUGAUGAUUCAUCAUGAACGUUUCCAGUAAUGAUUCGAUUACCACAAAUAAUCCAAGACAUUGUGUCGCACUAUUGUCCAUUCGUGUAUAGAUAUCGCGCUGGACAAGCAAAGUAGCACCGAAGAAGACCACAAUAACAGCUUGCUACAGACAGCAACAGAGACGAAACGAAACGAGUCGGAACUCGCACUACCAAACACGACCAAACCAAUUUCUUUUGCAACGUCGGCAUCACAUAAUUAGCACAAGUAUACGUACAAGUAUACUGAAAGUCACAUCAAAGACCUAUUAGCACAAUCCGACCGCCAAUAAGUGCAAGUGUGUACGGUGUAUUCGGCAAUUCCCUACCGUYUUCCAUCAUGAAGUCUGCCUGCUCCCUAAAUUGGUGCGCAUCAUUUUCGAUGCUGUUCUCAUCCGCAAUGUUGCCAUCGAUCACGAUACUGCUCACAACGAUACUAUGCACKGUGUAUGGUAAUGCCGAUGCAACUGCCAUUCCCAUUUCCUUCGCGGGGAUAAAUUACAACACACGCA